CUACCAGCCUCCCCCACAAUCCCACCCCUCCCCACAGCUUGAGCUUGAGCCACCAAGUAGCAGCCAGUUCAAACUCUCUGACAUGGUGCCGAAUGCCUGGUUCUACAAGCUCAAAGACAUGAGCAAAACAAUAAAAAGUAAGAGCAAAGGACACCAUCCAAGAAAUAAUCAGAAUUCAUUCGAAAUCCAGCAGAACUCCAAGCCCCAAAAGGACGCCUUGCUCCCCAGCAGAGCCUCCUACUAUUUCUCAAGCAGAGAAGAAGCAGAGAAGCCUCAUGUCUCACCCCUGCACCCCAGGGCCUCCGACACUCUCUUCCCACAAGAAUCACCGAGGUUGUGCAAGAAGAGAAGCAGAAGAAAACCCCAUAGCCCCUCCUCAACGCUCAUCGCCUCCUCCAUAUCCUCAGGCCGCAGCCGUCUAGUCUGGGAAGAGCAACCCAUCCCUCCUGAAAACGACAAUGUGGAAGCUCUUAUUGAUGCAAUCUGCAGCUACAAGCUAAGUUCUUCUUGUUCUAAAUUGCCUGAAUUGCAAUUAGAACUCCCUCCAAUUAUGACAAAACCGCUGAAGAAAGAAGCUGAGCAGACUAAAGUCAAGGAGAAAAAACAGAGCAAUAGCAUUGCGAGGAGAUCGCCAACAGGAAUUCACCGGCUUCGAAUGCGCGCAAGCUCUCCAAGAGUUGUGGCAACGAAGAAGGUUCAAGUGAGCCGAAAGAGCGUUUCAAAGCAGCAGAAGGGGAUCUCCUCAAAAAGUUUCGCAGUAGUGAAGUCAUCAACAAAUCCUCAGAAGGACUUUAGGGACUCCAUGGUUGAAAUGAUCAGAGAGAACAACAUAAGGACCUCCAAGGAAUUGGAAGAGCUGCUCGCCUGCUACCUCUUGUUGAAUGCAAAUGAAUAUCAUGAUGUUAUUAUUAAGGUGUUCGAGCAAAUCUGGUUUCAUCUCACUGACAUUAGCUUGUAAAAUUUAUAACUGACGCUGCUCUGUUUGUUUCUUAUAAUGUUGAAUCAGUAGUACAAAGAUGUUAUGAAUGUUGUUGGCUCUUUUUGUUUCUUCUCAUGUGAAAGGAGGAUGGCUUCUCAAGCUACCUGAACCUUUUAUUGAGCGCAUUAACUCUCUUUGUUUUCUCAUUAAUGUGAAGGUCAGGUCCUUUUC